GAAACAAAUGUUGUCUGUCCUUUUGCUCUCUCUUUUACUGAUCAUUACAUUGCAUUGAGGCCCCAAGAAUGACUUCGCCUGGCAAUACAAUUAGCCCAAGCCACCAAGGACCGGCAGUAGAUAUCGCAUGCUGGAUAUGCUACUUAUUCUCGGCAUUGUGCGUUAUCUCAAAGAUAUGGAUGAAAAUGAGCCGUGGAAAAAAGGGUGCAAAGUUCUACCAGCUUCACCUCGACGACUUUCUGCUAAUUUUAACGUUGAGUUUUGCUACCAUUUUUAACGUCCUUCUUUCACAGCAGGUUGCUUUCGGGAUGGGAAGCCCAUUCUUUGACCUGACCCUUGAUUCCCAAGUGCGAGUAGAGAAACUAGGAUAUACUUCUCAAUUCAUGUACGUGUGUACGAUCGGCUCAGCGAAUAUGGCGGCAAUAGUUUGUGGAAUCAUGCUGGAGCCUACGAAAAGAUAUCUGCGAUUACUCAUGGCGGUCUGUUUCCUCAACAUAACCUGGAUCCUUUCUGCAAUUUUCAGUAUUGCAUUUCAGUGCACGCUGCCUAAUCCGUGGGACUCCCUUGGGUCAAGAUGCAUUGAUCUGAUUGCCCUGUGGUCGAGCAUUGAAAUCCUGAAUACCUGCAUGAAUUGUGCACUUAUCGCUGUUAUGUGCGCUAUUCUGGCGCAGCUACAGAUGUCUAAGAAGAAAUAUCUUCUCAUGUCCCUUCUAUCAGUGAGAGUGAUACUAGUUGUACCAGUCGCAUUUAAGAUCCAUUUCUUGCUACAGCACCAUGUACCCUCAGCCGAAUAUCCGAUCACAGGGAAUUGGAAGAUCACGAUCUGCUCUGCUUUGAUAGCGACGUCAACAAUUGUAGCAACAUGUUUGCCCUUUCUGGUACCCGUCAUCAAGAAUUUGCACUCUGGUUUCACAGUAGGCGACGUGCAAGACAAAUUUGGAGUCAGCGAUGUUGAUGAAACAGGAACUGCUGGGUCGUCACACUUUCAAAUCCUACAGAUUCGGAGUUUUCAUUUGAGCAAUUCCCAAGACAGUUGA